AGCUUUUUCGCUCAGAUAUUUUUUCUCAUUUUGAAAUUAUUUUAGUAUAAAUCUAGACUGAGUAUAGUGCGGACGUGUACGGUUAAACAAUUUGUCGCAGAGCGCGCUUUUUUCAUUGAUAUUAUUGUGUGGAAAGACGGGAGAGACAAGGGAAAUUUGUGAAAGUUCAAAUGAAAGUUGAAAUAAUCACUAAGAAAUGAAAUAUUAUAAAAGAUAAAGGAAACUAAUAAAAAAAAUAAUAUUGGAACGAAUAAUAAUAAUAAUAUAUAAAGAGAAGUGGGUGUGAGUCAGAUAAAAGAAUUGAUGUACACGCGUGUUUGUGCUCCUCGUGACAGUGAAGGUCCCGAUGACCUUGUCCUUGCAUCGUCUGCGGGGAUGAAAAACUUAUGUCACAGGAAAUUAAAUUUUGAGAAUUAUUAUUAAAGCUGAGAAAGCAAUUAAAAUGAAUUUAUAGUACACAAAACUUUUAUUUCAUUAUAAAGAACAUAAAUAUAAAAUGCUAAUGUUUCCUGAUUCUUCUUCGGCGGAUCAAGAACCGCUUCCAAUGUCGCGUUCUUCAAUACUAUCAAUGAUACAAGUUCCAGAAUGCACACAAUCUCAUGGUGAUUCUACUACAUCUGUCAUGAAGAAAGUUCAUUGUCUACAAAUGAGUGAUUGUGAAAUAGUUAAUCCAUCAAAAAAUGAAUACAUGUCAUCAAUUAAAAGUCAACAAAUUAUGCAACAAAAACCGAAUCUUUCUUCUAAAAGUGAAGAAGAUCUGAACUUAGAAUUUGACGGUACAAAUGUGUUGUGUCGUGUUUGCGGUGACAAAGCAUCCGGCUUUCAUUAUGGCGUUCAUUCUUGCGAAGGCUGCAAGAUAAAUGCAAUUAUAAAGUAA